AUGUCACCAAAGGACCACUCUCCAAGCUGCAUGAACAGCCAGAAUGACCGUGAGAACCUGCCUCACCUCCUCUCAACCACUCAGACCCAUCUGCUAGGUCUCUUGCAGAAUGCUCGCACUCGUGACAUUUUGCCCUCCCCGAGCUCCCUCUCUCGUGGUGUGCAAUCGUUGCCUGUGCAUCUGCCACUUCACGGCCGAGGAUUGUCCCAGACCGUCGACCACCUCCUCCAGGACAUUGCACCAGCGAUAUCAUCCUCCAGCCUGUCGUCGCGAUACUUUGGAUUUGUAACGGGUGGCACUGCACCCGCCGCCCGGCUGGCCGAUUACCUUGUCACAACGCUUGAUGAAUCCACGGACGUGGAAAACCGCGCUCUUGUCAUGCUCGCCGAGCUCCUGCAUCUUGAUCAGAAGAAUGCAGAAGGUUCUCCGCUCUGGACAGGAUACUUCACCCCGGGAUCGUCAACGAGCAACCUGUACGGUGUCGCCUGCGGACGGGAAUACGUGCUGCAAGUCCGCGGCGCUCCUUCGCCUGGGGCCGUGGGAAUCCAGGCUGCAUGCGAGGCUGCAGGCGUCCGCCGAGUCCAGAUUCUGUGCAGCAUGGGCCAUCCGUCCAUCAUCAAGGCGGCCAGUUUGAUCGGGCUGGGCCGCGCCGCAGUGAAGCAGAUGGGCCGGCCCAGCUGCCCGUGGCAUCUGGACCUCGAGCGCGUGGAACAAGAGCUCCAACGUGCAGAGGCUGCCUCGAUUGUAUCUGUCUCCCUUGGGGAGGUGAACAGCGGCAAACUGGGUAUCACCGCUGCGGAAUUGCGGCGUCUCAGGGAGCUGUGUGAUUGCCAUCGGGCCUGGCUCCAUAUCGACGCAGCGUUUGGUGUCUUUAUCAAUGCCCUGCCCGACGGUCCCGAGUUUGCCUCGCUCAAGAGCAUUGUGAAACACAUCCAUAUAGCUGACUCGAUAACCGGCGAUGGCCACAAGCUGUUGAACGUGCCGUUCGACUGCGGGUUCUUCUACCUGCGCGAUCCCAUCCGGUUAAAGGAUAUCUUCAGCAUUCCCAAGACCGACUUUUCGGAGUUUGCCAUUCCCCCAGUGUAUUUUUCUCGUCCGGUCCCUGCGCCAGGCGGACCAGCGAAUCCAACCGAUGUCGGCAUCCAGAACGCCCGGCGGUUUCGCGCCCUCCCCGUCUACGCCAACCUGAUGGCCUACGGACGAGCCGGAUACGAGGACAUGCUCGUGCGCCAGACGCGGCUUGCCCGCGGGAUUGCCUCGUAUGUCUGGGACCAUCCCGCCUAUGAACUACUACCCCGUCUGCCAGACGCACAUAAGGCAGCGGCCUUGGAGUCCAUUUUCAUUUUGAUCCUAUUCCGUGCUGUAGAUCCUGCCCUGAACGAGAGCCUGUUGGUCCGGAUCAACGAGACCGGCAAGAUGUACGCGCAGGGGAUAGUCUGGGAGGGGAAACGGGCUGUCCGCUGCGCCAUUGCCAACUGGGCCGUCGAAGUCGACGAGGACUUGAGUAUUGUCACGGAGGUCCUUCGCAGCGUCGCGGCACAGUGGGACGCGGAACAAAUAUCGCAAAAACGAGAUGUAUACCCAGCAAGUCAGAGCACACUCUUCCACCGCUUCAUAUACAACCCCGUCCGCCCCGGCGUAUCCCUCUCCCUAAUCGCCGCCUUGAACCCUUCCCUCCGCGCCAUCUGCUGGAACUCAAUCCCCUCCGGCGAGUUCCGCGUAAUGCCAUCAAACACCGUCGCCAGAACCUGGCUGCUCCCCAGCCCGCCCUCAAUCGUCCCAUUAAGCACCUUCUUCUGCAUCCACAGCUGGCUCACCGGCACCGUCUUGAUCCGCUCCACGAGCAGCGCCACCGUCUCCUCCAGCUCCCCCGCCGGCACCGCCUUGAGCACCAACCCCAUCGCUGCCGCCUCCGUCCCACUGACCAGGUCCCCGGUGAAGAGCAUGCGCUUCGCCUUCUCCACGCCCACCCGGUACGCCCACAUCGCCGUCGUCGGACACCCCCACACCCGGCUGGGCGGGUACCCGAUGCGCGCGUCCUCCGCCAUGACGACCAGGUCGCACAGGAGCGCGAUGUCGCUGCCCCCCGCGACGGCUGCCCCGUGCACCUGCGCGAUGGUCGGCUUGUGGCUAUGGAACAGCUCCGAGAAGCACUCCGUGUUCUCUUUCAUCAUCAUGUAG